UUGAUCCAUGAUCGUGCAAGUAAACCUCGACUAGUUGCAUACCUUCCCAAGUUAUGGCUUCCCUCUUUCAAUGUACCGCUUCAAAGCUGCCAUGUGCUCAGAUUCUGAGACAUCCUUCACUUAGGAAGAACUUACCAGUGAUUUCGACUUUUUUCAGUACAACAUCUAGUCAGAACGCGAUAAAAACUGUAACAGUCAUUGGUAGUGGACUUAUGGGUUCUGGAAUUGCUCAGGUAGCAGCAGCCACAAAUCACAAGGUGACAAUGGUGGAUCAAACAGACGCAAUUUUGACAAAAUCUUUGAAUGCCAUCGAGAAAAGCUUAGAGAAAGUUUCAAAGAAGAAAUUUAAGGAUGAUCCUGAGGCUGGAAAGCAAUUUGUGACUGAUACUCUCUCAAGGAUCACGAUAAGCACAGAUCCUGCAGCUAACAUUGCUGAAACAGAUCUCUUGAUAGAAGCCAUUGUUGAGAAUAUGCGUGUAAAGCACAAUCUCUUUGCAGAACUUGAUAAAGCUGCACCCAGUCACACCAUUUUUGCAUCCAAUACGUCUUCCCUACCAAUAGCAGAAAUAGCCAGCAUUACCAAGAGACAGGACAGAUUUGGUGGACUUCAUUUUUUUAACCCUGUUCCUUUGAUGAAGCUGGUUGAGGUUAUCCGUAUUCCAGAAACAUCAGAGGAAACAUUUGAUGCUUUAUAUCAGUUUAGCAAAGAACUUGGAAAGGUGCCUGUGUCUUGUAAGGACACACCUGGUUUUAUUGUCAACCGUUUACUUGUUCCAUACAUAAUGGAGUCCAUUAGAAUGCUGGAAAGAGGCGAUGCCUCCGCAAAAGACAUCGAUACAGCCAUGAAGCUUGGAGCAGGUUACCCAAUGGGCCCGCUGGAGUUGGCAGACUAUGUUGGACUUGAUACAACUAAGUUCAUUAUUGACGGUUGGCACGAGAAGUAUCCGACUGAACCUCUUUUCAGUCCUAGCGAGAUCUUAAAUGACCUGGUCGCUCGCAACAAGCUUGGGAGAAAGUCUGGGGAAGGGUUUUACAAGUACGAAUAGAUCCCAUGCUCCAGCGGUCUUCAUGAUAACGCAGGUCCUUACAUGAAACGUUACAUCUUGUAGAACUUUAAAGAUUUUAUCAGGUGUCAUUUGAAACAUCUGAUUGGCCCAUUAGAUGUAAUAGCCAUGUUUACCGUCUUGGCCAAUUAUCGCUUGACUAUCUCUCUGGUCUUUCUGGUCCUUAAUCCCCGCUCGUCUGUAUAAGGCAGGAAAGACCUGUAAUCAGAUAGCGGAAUGUUGGAGCAUGCGAAUUACGGGCAGGGAGGCGAUAUUUGGCCAAUUUCAGCUUCACUGCUGUUGUAUUUGUCAUUGGUGGUAAAUGAUUUCGUACUUGGUAAAUAAAUUAUACAUUGUUCUGGAGUA